CGAGCAACAUGGAGAGAAGCAUCUUUCACUGGGGGGAGCUGGGCAGUAGGUUCAGGGGAUCGAAAUCCAACAAAGUCCGAAAACUCAUCCAGGCCACCCCUUGGGAAGAACUUGCCGACAACGAGGAAAUUGACCACAUCUGCUGCAGCCCUCAUCUGACUGUGUUCAUCCUGAGGGAUGGCAGGGUUUAUACACUGAGCAACAGCCACAAGAGGAGUGGACAACUAGAGCUGAUCACUGCGAUACAGGACGAGAAGAUUCAUACAGCAGACAUCGGUGGCUCCAACAUCCUCUACGUGUCUGAAGCAGGAAAUGUAUACUUCAGUAAAGUCCCAAACCAAAAAUGUGGAGUGGCAAAUAAAUCUUUCAUCGUCACAAAACCAAAGUUACUCAGCAGCUUUGCAGGGAGGUGUGUCGUUCAAGUUGCCUGUGGAAGCAAUCACUCUCUGGCUCUCUGCAAAGAUGGUCAAGUCUUUGCGUGGGGCAAGAACACAAAUGGUCAACUGGGAGUGGGCGAGGCCGUUGGUACCACGCACAGUCCGCAGCACGUGACAGCGCUGGCUGGGAUUCCCUUGGCUCAGAUCGCAGCGGGAGGAUCCCACACCAUUGCAGUGUCUCUGUCAGGGACAGUGUUCGGCUGGGGAGCAAAUCACCGUGGACAGCUGGGUCUAAACGAUGUGAAGGCUCGAUACCAUCCCACUUGUGUGAAGCUUCUGGAGUGUAAGAAAGUCGUGCAGGUGUCCUGUGGGGCCCACCACACUGCUGUGCUGAACAAGGAUGGGCUUGUUUACACAUUUGGAGCGGGAACGUACGGUCAACUCGGCCACAACUCUGACAGAGACGAGCUGAAACCUCGGCUGCUCGAGGGGCUGGAUGGAAUCAAAGUCUCCCAGAUUGCCUGCGGGAGCUCCCACACCAUGGUGUUCAGUUCGGCAUCGCGGCAACUCUAUUCCUUUGGCCGUGGAGAGAACGGGCAGUUGGGAACCGGACAAACCAUUGGCCAUUUUGUGCCUUGCCUGGUCACUUUCUCAACAGACGGGACCCACAACCUGCAGCCUGCUCCUGGAGGUCUGCUCCAACCAGCUGUGAAAAGGAUAUUUGCUGGAGCCAACCAGAGCGUUGCCUUGUGCUUUGGUGUUAAGGCCUCACACUCUGCUGACUACCAGUCUUCAUUCAAUCCUCUAAGGAGAAUUGUCAUGGCUGAAGACUCAUUCUGGAACACCUGGAGCAUUCUGGAUAAUGGGGAGCUACAGAAGGACAUCAAAGAGGAGAUUGGUCACAUGUUCUCCGCUGAAUGCCUCAACGGGAGCUUCUUGGAAGUCAGUGGGGAUGAGCAUUUCAAAACAGGCAGAGAAACCUCAGGAGUCGACCUGUCAGCUGCAAGUCUCUGGUUCGAGAAACUGGGAAAACAUCCCAUACUUUUGCAAGAGGUCAAUUCCACCAGAAAGCCUAAAUACCAGGAGAACAAAUUCUACAUCUGUGCACAAGAAGUUUUUGGUGACACACGUGUCUACUGUAAUGAGAAUAUCACUGAUUACAGUAUAAUAUUGGGCAAUAUUAACAGCACUAAUGCAUAUGCUGAGAUUAUCAAUGUAUCUGCUGGUUUAGAAAUGGAUGCAUGUACUGAAAACAUUGUUGCUUCUGCUGGAGAUACUGUUACAUCCACCGGGAUAAUUGAGGCUUCUGCUGGAGAUACUGAUACAUCUACCGGGAUCGUUGAGGCUUCUGCUGGAGAUACUGAUACAUCUACUGGGAUUGUUGAAGCAUCAGCUGAAGAUACCGAUACAUCUACUGGAAUCAUAGAAGUCUCAAAUGAGACCACAGAAAUACCUACAAGGGAAAUUGAAGCCUCAACUGGGAAUCCUAAUGUAUCUGCUGGGAUCAUUGAUCUCUCAGCUGGAAACACUGAUGCAUCAAAUAGUAUUCUUGAUGCUUCCAGUGCAAACAUUGAAGUCUCUAUGCAGAACAGUACAUUCACAGAGAUUGAUCAUAGUUUGGAAUUUGAUAUUUCUACCAGUGUAACUGACGAAUCUAUCGGGAUUGUUGAUGCCCCACAGAGGAACACUGAUGGCCCUACUCAGAUCAAUGAUGUCUUGACUGCAAGCACUGAGACAUCCACUGAGAACACUGAGAUAUCUACUGGGAUGAUUGAAAUCUCAGCUGGAGAUAAUGAGAGCACUGAAACAUCGACUGGGAACACUGAGACAUGUGCCAGGAUGAAUGAUGUACCAAAUGGGAACUCCGAAACAGCUACUGAGAUACCUACUGGGAUAAUUGAAAUCUCAACUGGGAUCAGUGAUUCACUUACUGAGAUAAUUGAAAUCUCAGCUGGAGAUAAUGGGAGCACUGGAACAUCGACUGGGAACACCGAGGCAUCUACUGGGAGCACUGAAACAUCCACUGGGAACGCUGAGGCAUCUACUGGGAUAAUUGAAAUCUCAGCUGGAGAUAAUGGGAGCACUGAAACAUCGACUGGGAACACUGAGACAUGUGCUGCGAACAUUGAAACAUCCACUGGGAACACUGAGGCAUCUACUGGGAGCACUGAAACAUCUACUGGGAUGAUUGAGAUUUCUAUACGGAACCCAGAACCAUUGACCGAAAUCAUGGAUACAUCUGCCAGGACUGUUGAGACGUCUACUGGUAACACUAAUGACUCGAAUGGGAUCGUUCCUGCCCCUGCACUAAGCCUUGAGUUAUCUGGUGAGAUCGACAUGAACUCCAAUGUGGACGAUUUUGAAUAUGAUUCGACUGCUGAAGUGGACUUAGGGGAGGAUGACGGUGACUAUGACUAUUUUGGAUAUGAUGACUAUGACGACGAACUGGAAGCGACAAUUCAUUAUAUGAUUUUAAAUUGUAGCAGCUAUUUUCUACUUAUCAACAGAACAGAGAUCCUUCAAAACACAUUGACACAACUACGAUCCAAAAAUGCAACUGCAUUGCGUGACUAUUUUCGGGUCACAUUUACAGGUGAGGAAGCCGUUGACCAAGGUGGAGUUUCACGGGAGUUCUUCUCUGUUAUUGCCGAUGAAUUUUGCAGUCGACCAAAGAUCCUCAAGCAAUACGAUGAAUCCAGACUUGUUUGGUUCCCGGAAUGGGAGCCAGAAAUCAAUGAUGUAUUUCGCCUGCUGGGCAUUAUCUGCUGGCUGGCCCUGUACCAUGGUUAUGUGGUGGACUUCCACUUCCCAUUGGCCCUCUACAAGAAGCUGCUAAAUGAGCAACCUACUCUCGAUGACCUGAAGGAACUCUCCCCAACAGUCGGCCGAAAUCUUCAGGAGCUUCUCAAUUAUGAGGGUGAUGACUUGGAGGAGAUAUUCUGCAUGGAUUUCACAAUUGGGGCAGACAUGGCUGAUGGAUCAAUAACCAGACAUGAACUCAUUCCUAAUGGGAAAAAUAUUCCAGUGCAAAGCCACAACAGGAAGUUAUUCGUUGACAAAUAUGUGGACUACAUAUUUAACACAUCGGUGGAGAAACAUUUCCAAGCUUUCUCUGAAGGGUUUCGAUAUGUUCCUUUGCCAGUUGUAGAUUUGUUCCUUCCUGACGAAUUGAUGGCUCUUCUCCAAGGAAACAUGCUGUACGACUGGCCUCAGCUGGAGGAGAACGCCAGUUACGGGUCGGGCUACACAAGAAUGGAUGAAGCCAUUGUCCAGUUCUGGCAGAUGUUUCAUGAGCUAACCCAGGAGGAGAAGAAGCAUUUCCUGGCCUUCCUCACAGGUUGUGACAAGGUUCCCAUUGGAGGCAUGGGCAAGUUCAGGAUCGUCAUUCGGGAGGAUUUCAGACCUGAUCCGGAUUUGUACUUCCCGACUGCUCACACCUGCUACCAAAUGCUGGAUCUGCCCCGGUACAGCAGUGCGGAGAUCCUGAGGGAGCGGUUCCUCCGAGCGAUUGGAUGCAGUCGGGGGUUCGGGAUUGCCUAGUGGCUGAAAUCAUCUGCUGCUCCUGAGCGUCUCUGAGCGAGUGGAAAUCAUGUUGCACGUGCCCAAUGGUUCAGUGGUUUCUUUAUUAUCACGUGUAGCAAGGUACAGUGAGAAGACAGUCUCAGCAAGACCCAGGCAGAGAUGAGGAGGCACCAGGCCAUUCGGCCCACCAUGUCUGCGCUGAACACAAUGUCAAUUUCCCAGCCACCAGUGCAAAGCACCACACAACGUGCUGGAGUAACUCAGAGGGUCAGGCAGCAUCCGUGGCAACAUGGGUGGGUGUUGUUUUCGUUCGGGUCGGGAAGGAUCCUGAGGUACUCCAGCAUUUUGUGUCUUGUUUGUUUGUAAACCAGCAACUGGAGUUCCUCAUAAUGACAGGUAGAUCUGUUAUCAUAAGUGUUUCCAUUAACACAGAUUGGAUGUCACACAACUGUUGCAUUGGGGAACAUCCCUUUUAUUACUUUUAUAACCUUUUAUUGGUUAUAAUAGCAUUUCGAUCAGGAACUAGAAAACUGCUUAAAUGUAACUUUGAAAAUUGCUAAGCAUUAAAAAACCUGUCCUAGAGUCAUAGAAUGAUACAGUGUGGAAACUGGCCCAUUAGCCCAACUUGCCCACACCGUCCCAGCUACACUAGUCCCACCUGUCUGCGCUUGGUCCA